UCCAUAAACAAAGAGCCGCGUGAACGCGACGAGCGGGACAGACGUCGGCGAAGUCCGACCGACGAGCGGUCCGAUGUGACGUCGUCUGCCGCUGUCCCGGGACCCGGACGAACACAGCGGCGGGUUCGGUCCCUUUUCAUUCCGGCGUGUCUCGAGCAACGUGCACGAGAGGAGCUCGUCGAGCCGCGACACCCGAUCGAUUGGUCGUCGACUACGAGAUGAACCGCCAACUGUUCCGACAAUCGGGUUCUUUGUGGAAGAAAAAAAGAGAGUCAUAAUUCUCUGAUUUCCUCGCUCCUCUGUUUUAAUAUAUUUGGUGUGUGGACCGAACAAAACAUCCUCUUGGACCAAACCACUAAUCGAUAAUCGUUCGUGGCAGCCCAAACGAAUUCACUCCUAAGUCCUGCAUGAACAACAGUACCUGACGUUGGAAACUAUUUGCGUAUGUUCAGAGGCUCUCUGUAUAAAAGAUACCCGUCCCUGUGGAGGAGGCUCGCCUCGGUGGAGGAGAGGAAGAAGAUUGUGGCAUCGUCACAUGCCACUAGCGUUACUCUGCUGAAGGCAUCAGAAUGUGAAGAGAUCUUUGAGGGUAAUGACGAGAAAUACAAGGCGGUGUCCAUCACCACGGAGCCCCCAGCUUACCUCAGAGAGCAGAAAGCAAAGAGGAGCAGUCAGUGGGUCCCCACGCUGCCCAACAGCUCUCACCAUCUUGACGCCGUGCCUUGCUCCACCACCAUCAACCGAAACAGGAUGGGCCGGGACAAGAAAAGGACUUUUCCCCUGUGCUUCGACGACCAUGACCCUGCAGUGAUCCAUGAGAAUGCAGCCCAGGUAGAGGCUCUGGUUCCGAUUCGUCUAGACAUGGAGAUAGACGGACAGAAACUCCGAGAUGCCUUCACAUGGAACAUGAAUGAGAAACUGAUGACCCCGGAGAUGUUCGCAGAGAUUUUGUGUGACGACCUGGACCUGAAUCCUCUGGCCUUCGUCCCCGCCAUCGCCUCUGCCAUUCGUCAGCAAAUUGAGUCUAACCCCACGGACGGCAUGCUGGAGGAGCAGGCGGACCAGAGAGUUAUCAUCAAGCUGAACAUCCACGUGGGGAACAUCUCUCUAGUGGACCAGUUUGAGUGGGACAUGUCGGAGAAGGAGAACUCCCCGGAGUCGUUUGCACUGAAGCUAUGCUCUGAGCUGGGUCUGGGUGGAGAGUUUGUCACCACUAUUGCCUACAGCAUUCGAGGUCAGCUCAGCUGGCACCAGAGGACCUACGCCUUCAGUGAGAACCCACUCCCCACUAUAGAGAUUGCCAUCCGCAACACAGGCGAUGCAGACCAGUGGUGCCCCUUGCUAGAGACCCUCACAGAUGCAGAAAUGGAGAAGAAGAUCCGAGACCAAGACAGGAACACAAGGCGUAUGAGGAGACUGGCCAACACUGCUCCAUCCUGGUAGAGAGAGGCAUGAAGCUACAGCAGCUGACACUCUGGAUUCUCUUGUAAAUCUCCGUCAAGUAAACACACGAAUGUCUGUUGAUCAUCUGGAAGUCUAAGAAGACAGACAUGUUCAGUCUCCACGGGCGUCUCAUCCGUGCAUUCCUCUGCAUACACAGUUUACAAUCAUCGUUCGUGUUACUGUUAUACGCACCACACCAAGACAACGUUCACACUACGCAAAAAUAAUCACUUGGCAUUACAACGAUGAGCUUAAUAUAUCUGUAAGAAUGCUUAUUGAAAUGAUGCCAUUAGUUUUAAAGGUGACAUAUUAUGCAAAAAUCACUUUUUCAGUGUUUGUGCACAUCAAUGUGUGUAUCUGUGGAGCCUGCCGGCCCCCAAACUGUGAAACAAGACCACCAUGAGCUGACUUAACCCGACAUGCUGAAGCUCUGAACCACUGGUUCAGAUUUCUGUCGUGGGCUAUGACAUUUCCUACACGUUUUGAAAAUCGGUUGACCAACCACAACAGACUGGGCCAGCUGGCCAAUCAGAGCAGACCGGGGUUUAUCAGGAG